AUGGAUGGAAGAAAUGACAGUGCCGUGGAAUAUUUCAUCCUCUUGGGGUUCUCUGACCACCCCCGUCUGGAGAGGGUCCUCUUUGUGGUCAUCUUGGUCGCUUAUCUCCUGACCCUCAUGGGCAACAGCACCAUCAUCCUGGUGUCCCGGCUGGACCCACACCUCCAGACGCCCAUGUACUUCUUCCUCACCCACCUGUCCUUCCUGGAUCUCUGCUUCACCACCAGCUCCAUCCCGCAGCUGCUCUAUAACCUCCACGGACGUGACAAGACCAUCAGCUACACAGGCUGUGCCAUCCAGCUCUUCCUCUUCCUGGGCCUGGGCGGUGUGGAGUGCCUGCUCCUGGCGGUCAUGGCCUACGACCGCUUUGUGGCCGUGUGCAAGCCCCUGCACUACAUGGUCAUCAUGAACCCACGGCUCUGCAUGGGCUUGGUGUCGGUGGCUUGGGGCUUGGGGGUGGCCAACUCCAUGCACAUGUCCCCAGUAACUCUUCACCUUCCCCGCUGUGGGCACUACAGAAUAAACCAUUAUUUGUGUGAAUUACCAGCUCUUAUCCGCAUAGCAUGUGUCAACACAGCAGCCGUCGAGGGAACCGAAUUUGUCAUGGCAGUGAUCAUUGUACUGAUACCCCUGAUAUUGAUCCUCAUCUCCUAUGGCUACAUCGUGAAGGCCGUGUUGCAAAUUCGAUCUGGAUCAGGCCUGCAGAAAGUCUUCAACACCUGCGGUUCCCACCUCACGGUGGUCUCGCUUUUCUAUGGAAACAUCAUCUACAUGUACAUGCAGCCUGGAAACAGCUCGUCCAAGGACCAGGGAAAGUUCCUCACCCUCUUCUACAACAUAGUCACCCCACUCCUGAACCCCCUGAUCUACACUCUCAGGAACAAGGAGGUGAAGGGGGCUCUGAGAAGGCAGCUGCUGCGUGACAGAGACGGGGGCAAGGGGGGAGGGUGA